AAAGCGGGGAAUCAGGUCGGCUUCUUUCUGAGCCACAGUGGCGGAGGCCAAUCGCUUUUGAGCUGCACAGAUGGGGCAGGUUUUGAGCUGCAGACUCAGACACAACCAAUAGGGAGAGGCAUCUUCAGAAGGCCUAGGGUCCUUGCCCAAUGAAGCUGGGAAGUCCGCUGGGCUUGUUCCGAACGGCAGUACUUAAAGCCAACCCCGUGCGCGGCUGGGAGGGGCGCAGUACUGAACGACGCGGGUACUGGCCAAUGGCGAGUGCGAAAGCGGGCAGCUCAGCCCGGCAACGCGGAGGGAGCCGAAGGAGGGGGAGGCCGAAGCGGAGAGAAGCAGGAAGUAGCGGCAGCCACAGAGAGGGCGGCCGUGGCGGCGGCGGCGGUGGCGGCAGCGGCAGCGGCUGAAGCAGGGGAGAGACGGCCGAGUCCCGGCCUGCAGGAGGAGCGGAACGAGUCUGGAGCCCGCUGCCAUGGGGGAUAUGAAGACUCCUGAUUUUGAUGACCUCCUUGCGGCCUUUGACAUUCCCGACAUUGAUGCAAAUGAAGCCAUUCACACUGGCCCAGAAGAAAAUGAGGGGUCAGGAGGCUCAGGGAAGUCAGAACCUAGUAUAAGAGGUGAAUCUGGAGAAGCAGCAGCAGCUGCUGGUGAUGACCCUGGGGCUCUAGCCCAGGCCUGUGACCAUGGCUCGCCACCAUCAGAUAUCUCGGCAGUCAGCGUCAUUGUCAAGAACACUGUGUGUCCUGAGCAGUCUGAGUCCCCACCUGGGAGUUCAGGAAGGGAAGGGGCCCUGGCUGAAGGGGUGACUAAGGAAGGGCCUAGGGGACUUCGUCUGAUGCAAAAUGGUUUUGGGGGCCCUGAGCCUCCUCUCCCAGGAACACCCCAGUCUCUACCUUCUCCUAGCGGGGGAUCCUGGAAAGAAAAGGCCAUGGAAGGCAAAGCUCCCUUGGACCUCUUUGCUAAUUUUGGGCCUAAGCCAGGGGUGCAUCCUGAUCCCCUGCUUCCCUCUGCACCCUCCCCAUCUCAGGAAGGGGCUGUGACCCCACCUCCUUUUUCCUCUCCCUUUGAGCUGACCCGGGAGAAUGGCCCGGCCCUCCUGCCACCGGGUUCUUCACCCCGAUUGGAGGCCUUGCAGCAGGGCAGCAGCAGCCCCCUUCAUCCCCAGAGCCUAGCCCAGCUAGGCUCAGGCUCUAGCCCUGAGGCCACAGGCAUCCCUGACAGCACCUUGCUUCCUCGAAUUGCUCGGGGGCCUUUCUUCAAGCAGUCUCCAGGGCACCAGAGCCCUCUUACCUCCGCUAAAGUGCCCGGCUGUCAGCCCCUAAAAGAAGAUGAGGGGCUGGUGGACAAGUCUCCCCUGGGAAGCCCCCGGAGUCACUCUAGUGGAGCUGAGGCUGCAGAUGAGGACAGCAAUGACUCCCCUGCCUCCUCCAGCUCCUCUAGGCCCCUCAAGGUACGGAUCAAGACGAUUAAAACGUCCUGUGGGGGUAUCACAAGGACUGUAACCCGGGUCCCUUCAGACCCCGAUCCCCCUGCCCCCAUGGCUGAGGGGUCCUUCCUGGCUGAGGCUAGCCUCCUGAAGCUGUCCCCCGCAACCCCAAACCCUGAGGGUCCAAAGGUGGUGAGUGUCCAACUGGGUGAUGGCACAAGGCUGAAGGGCACUGUGCUGCCUGUGGCCACCAUCCAGAAUGCAAGUACUGCCAUGCUUAUGGCGGCUAGCGUGGCCCGCAAAGCUGUGGUUCUGCCUGGGGGCACUGCCACUAGCCCUAAGACAAUGGCUAAGAGCGUGCUAGGUCUGGUACCCCAAGCUCUGCCCAAGGCUGAGGGACGAGCAGGGCUGGGAACAGGGGGGCAGAAGGUGAACGGUGCCUCAGUGGUGAUGGUGCAGCCUUCUAAGCCAGCCGCCGGGGCUGGUGCAGGGGGUGGCACGGUCAUCUCACGGACCCAGUCCAGCCUAGUGGAAGCCUUCAACAAGAUCCUUAACAGCAAGAACCUGCUACCUGCCUACCGGCCAAACCUGAGUCCACCGGCUGAGGCUGGGCUUGCCUUGCCUCCAGCGGGCUACCGCUGCCUUGAGUGUGGAGAUGCCUUCUCAUUGGAGAAGAGCCUGGCACGACACUAUGACCGCCGGAGCAUGCGCAUCGAGGUCACCUGUAACCACUGCGCCCGCCGCCUGGUCUUCUUCAAUAAGUGCAGCCUGCUGCUACAUGCCCGCGAGCACAAGGACAAGGGACUCGUCAUGCAGUGUUCGCACCUGGUCAUGAGGCCUGUUGCCCUUGACCAGAUGGUGGGGCAGCCGGACAUCACACCCCUGCUGGCUGUCCCGCCUGCUCUUGGCCCUCCAGCCUUGCCUUCCUUGGGCAAGGGUGAUGCGGCCAUCACCUCCACCAUUACGACAGUUGCUGCUGAGAGCCCUGUCCUGCCACUCUCAACUGAGCCACCUUCUGCCCCUGUGACCUCUGCUUACACGUGCUUUCGCUGCCUGGAGUGCAAGGACCAGUGCCGGGACAAGGCUGGCAUGGCGGCCCACUUCCAGCAGCUUGGGCCUCCUGCUCCUGGGGCCUCCAGCAAUGUGUGCUCAACCUGCCCCAUGAUGCUCCCGAAUCGCUGCAGCUUCAGUGCCCACCAGCGCAUGCAUAAGAACCGAUCUCCCCAUGUCUGCCCUGAGUGCGGGGGCAACUUCCUACAAGCCAAUUUUCAGACUCAUCUCCGGGAGGCCUGUCUGCAUUUCUCACGCCGUGUAGGAUACAGGUGCCCCAGCUGUGCAGUGGUGUUUGGGGGUGUGAACUCCAUCAAGUCCCACAUCCAGACAUCACACUGCGAGGUUUUCCACAAGUGCCCCAUCUGCCCCAUGGCCUUCAAGUCUGCACCCAGCGCUCACGCCCACCUCUACACCCAGCAUCCUACCUUCCACACGCAGCAGGCCAAGAUGAUCUACAAGUGCGCCAUGUGUGACACAGUUUUCACUCACAAACCCCUCCUGUCCUCACACUUCGACCAGCACUUGCUGCCCCAGCGUGUCAGUGUUUUUAAGUGUCCAUCUUGUCCUCUGCUUUUUGCCCAAAAAAGGACCAUGCUGGAACAUCUCAAGAACACCCACCAGUCGGGGCUCCUGGGGGAGGAGACUGCUGGGAAAGGGGCCGGGGCUGCCCUUCUGACCCCCAAAACUGAGCCUGAGGAGCUGGCUGUGUCUCGGGAAGGAGUAGCUCCCCCUAUUGAGGAAUCAUCAUCAUCCUCAGAAGAGGAAGAGCUCCCCAGCUCCCCAGACCCCCCUCGACCAACCAAACGGCCCCGGCGGGAAUUGGGGAGCAAAGGCAUCAAGGGUGGGGGUGGGGGCCCUGGAGGCUGGACCUGUGGCCUUUGUCAUUCCUGGUUCCCUGAGCGUGAUGAAUAUGUGGCUCACAUGAAGAAGGAGCAUGGCAAGUCAGUGAAAAAGUUCCCUUGUCGCCUGUGUGAACGCUCCUUCUGCUCUGCCCCAAGCCUGAGACGUCACGUCAGGGUCAAUCAUGAGGGUAUCAAGCGAGUUUAUCCAUGCAGGUAUUGCACAGAAGGAAAACGCACCUUCAGCAGCCGCCUGAUCCUGGAGAAACACGUCCAGGUCCGGCAUGGCUUGCCACUCGGGGCCCAGUCCCCUAGCCGAGGAAGUGCCCUGGUUCGGGGCCCUGGUGCUAGAGCCCAGGGGACGGGACGGAAACACCGCCAGUCCUCUGAUUCUUGCAGUGAGGAGCCUGACAGCACAACACCUCCAGCCAAGUCCCCCAGGGGUGGACCCGGGUCGGGAGGCCAUGGCCCCCUGCGUUACCGGAGCAGCAGCUCAGUGGAGCAGAGCCUCCUGGUGGGGCUGAGGGUGGAUGGUGGUGCCCAGCAGUGCCUCGAUUGUGGCUUGUGCUUUGCCUCUCCUGGCUCCCUGAGCCGGCACCGUUUCAUCAGCCACAAGAAGAAACGGGGUGUGGGUAGUGCCAGUGCCCUGGGCCUGGGGGAUGGGGAAGAGGAGGCCCCACCUCCAUCGAGAUCUGAUCCAGAGGGUAGAGAGUCACCCCUGCCUGCUGCUGGAGGCCCACUGACCUGUAAAGUCUGUGGCAAGAGUUGUGAUAGCCCCCUCAACCUCAAGACCCAUUUCCGCACACACGGCAUGGCGUUCAUCAGGGCUAGGCAAGGGGGCAGUGGGGACAACUAGGCCCCAGGCCUGGACUGGCGGUCCCCCCCUUCCCUAGGAGCCUGGGCUACUGCUGCUUGCCUGGCCUCUGGGCUGAGGGGUGUUGUCAUCAUUCAUGUUUUGUUCAGUCCUCCUCCAGCCCCCAAAGAUAAGCUUUUGAGGAUUAUAGUUACUUGCAGUCUCCACUUUGGGUUUGGUCCUUGGCCCUGCUAGAGUGGGCCCUCCAUUCUUCUUUCUAAGCCCAACACUAAUUCUCCUCCUGCUGCAGAGCAGUGUGCACCUGGGGAUGUGAGGUGGGACUUUCCUAGGCCUGCCUGACAGGCCCAAGGAAGGACCACUGCUGGGGCAGUCAGGACACUGCUCCUCAACCCGUGGGCCUGGCCCUGCCCCAGUGCCACCCCUCAGGCUCCCUGGCACUCAAGGACCGCCCCCGUCUCCCACAGUGCCUUUCUUUUAUUCCCCACCCCCAGAAAUCAGGGUGGGGAUGAGUCCUGUCAAGGGGGCCCAGGAAGAGGAGGGGACUGGGUCUCAGGAAUCCUUUAUUCUUGUAGUAGUAAUACUAACAAUGGGGGAAACGGGAGGGAAAAAAACAUAAUUAAAACUGCUCGAGGUUAAUCCCA